AACCCCUGUCUUCACAGCUUCUUCCUAUGACGGAAUGAAAUCCGCUGUGACGAAAUUGAGUGGCGGAACGGUAACGUCGGUAUUUUGAAGAACAUCUACUUAUGGUAUUGCCAUCGGGAUUGCGAAUUCAUAGCGGGUAUUUUCCAUUUCUGUGUUGUAAAUAUAUAUAUUGCACUCCCUCUUAUAAAUCUUCCUCUACCUAUGCCAAUGUUAAUUAGAAGUUCAAGAUUCAGACAAGUGGGAUUAUUCAAGAGUUCAAUUCGGUGCGUAAGAUGGCUACCUACCCUCCCUACAUACUCACUUGCCCCGCCAAAUACUUACUAAUUCACACAUCAACAGCCUCCAACAGUCCCUCUAUUCCCCAAGCACAACCCCCAGCUCCAAACUCCACACCACCUCACCCACCAUGUCCUCCACAGCCCAACAACGCGCCGACGCCGAAAAGCUCAUAAACCGCAACCCGCACCGCGAUUUCAAAUCCGUGGAAGCCAGCCGCUCACCCUGGGACCACAGCAAAUCCUGGACCGUCACCCAAACAGUAUCACCCUCAUGGAAACUCGGCUCGGGCGCCAACGACGACGGCUCCUCAUUACAAAUCCCACACAUUGAAAUCGAUCCUUACGAAGAAGGACGUCCCGCAGUAUACAACUACAAGCUCCUCAUCUCAUCGAUCAUCCCGCGUCCGAUUGGUUUCGUGAGUACGCGCAGUGCGGACGGAACAUCGACGAAUCUGGCUCCGUUUUCUUACUUCAAUAUGAUUAAUCACGAUCCUCCACUUUUUGUCCUGGGAUAUGCGGGGGGUUUGGAUAAUGCGAAGGAUUCGUUGAGGAAUUUGAAGGAGACGGGUGAAUGUACUAUUAAUAUUAUCUCGGAGCAUUUUCUCGAGGCGGCGAAUGCAACGAGUAUUAAUGCGCCGUAUGGAGAGUCGGAGUGGGCGUUUAGUGGCUUGACUCCUGCGCCGUGUACGACGGUUAAGGCGAGUAGAGUCCAAGAAGCACAUUUUAGUGUGGAGGGAAAGGUGGAGAGUUUGAAGGAAUUUGAGAGUAGAGCGACGCCUGGGAAGAAGACGGGGGUUUUGGCUGUUAUUGAGGGGACGAGAUUUUGGGUCAGGGAAAAUGCUAUUAAUGAGGAGAAGAAUAUUGUCGAUCCUGCGGUUCUGAAACCAAUCUCUAGAUUGGGAGGUAUUACUUAUGGGAGGACGACAGAGGGAGUAGAGCUUCCGAGACCGGAUUAUGAGACUGUGGUUGAGAAGGAUGAGGAGGCGAAGAAGUUGGUGAAGGCUAAGCUUGAGAAUCAAUGAAGUGGUGAUACAUUGAUGUUGAUUGAGGGAGUUAUAGAGUUUUAGAUGGUUUUCAUGAAAACCUUAGAAUUUCAGAUGAGAUAGAAAAAGAUUGUAGAUAUAUAUCAGAGCUACUACUAUAUAUAAUACCACGUGCAAAUACAUAAACUAACCCAU